AUGCCCGAGCCAGAGGCAACUCCCGAGUUCCAGGCCACUGCCGCCGACCUCUCGCCUCUAUCUCCGUCUCCUUUGCACUCCGCUGCGCCCGCCGUUGUGCCUGUUCUCCAGGAUACUGUUGAUAUCCUCGAUGCAAUGUCCACCCACACUAAUGGAGUCGCCCCGGGCGGCGUAGACGCAUCCGCCUCGGUACAAUACACCGCUGGCAUUGAAUACGCGAAUGGCAACGGCCACGACGCCGGUGCCGACGCCCAAGACGACGCCGACAGUCUCGACGACGCCUAUGGAGAGGAAGAAGAGACCGGCGUGGACAAGGCGCAAGCGCAAGAGCAACAAGUGGAGCCCGAUGCCGGCGAGGAUGAAUACCUCCAGUAUCUCGACGCUCCCGAGGGCGGAGAUGGAGACGAUGUAUCAAAGGCACCAGAAUCCAUGCACAAUUCCGCCGCAUCUGCUUCUCUGAUCGCUGAUUCCUCGGCCCGGCCUCCCGCCGGAGACCGUCAUUUCUCUGCCGAUGCCGCGCCCUCCUCCGCCGCAGCUGCCGCCCAACAUGGCGCUGACGAUGACGACGAUGCCGCUACUGAGAUAAACCAACUCAUCACCGAGAUGACCGGCCAGGCCACCAAGGCCCAGAACCAAAACCAUCAUAGCCCAGCCAGCUCCGCCACUGCCUCUGCCGCUGCCUCUGCUGCCGCGUCUGCUCAGAACUUUGAAGCCCAGCCAUCAUCGCACUUGUCGUCGUCGUCCUCCUCCGCGACUGCCACCCUUCCUCCCAGACCUCCUCUGCCGGUCCCGGCGCCUCCCACUUAUUCCAAUCAGAAUACCCAAUAUCCAAAUGUGGCCGCUCCUACAAACGCCAUUGUACCCAUGACUGCGCCGCCGUAUGGCCAGUCUAAUGAGCCUACUGAUCGACAGGGAGCAUGGGAACAGUACAUUGAAGACGAGCGCCGGUACAUGGCAGAGGCGAGGUGGGACAAGUUUCCUGAUGGCUCUCGCAUCUUUAUUGGUUCGCGCUCUCUCUCAUCAGGCAGGCCCGACGGCGCCAUUGACUUCUUUGCAGGCAAUCUGUCCAGCGAACGUGUCUCGAAGCGGGAUGUAUUUGACAUCUUCAACCAAUGCGGCCGCCUGGCUCAGAUCUCCCUCAAGUCAGCUUAUGGGUUCGUCCAAUAUCACAACGUGGAAGACGCGAAAGCUGCCAUGGACAGUCUGCAGGGUAUUGAGAUAAAGGGACGCAAGAUUCAUCUUGAAAUUUCCCGAGCCCAGAAGAAAAAGGAUGGAAAUGAGCGCAACAGGUCGCCUGACCGUGGUAGAGGCCGCCAGGACCGUUCAGGUCAGGGUCACGAGAGCCGACGCAGCCGAGAUGACUACAGGCCAAGCCGCAACUCUCCCAGACGUAACGAAUACGGCAGGGACGACGGCAGGGACAGCCACAGAGACAGCCAUGGAGGCAGAGAUCGGUACCAGUAUGAUGACCGGUCCAGAGGCCGUUCCAGAUCGCCUCAAGGCCAUGGUCGCAACGACUAUCGUCGGCGCGACCAAAGCCCUCCCAGAGCCUACGGACACGGCCCGGCGAACGAUGAUCGCCUUGAUCUUCCUCGCCGCUACGGCAAAGAUGUUCCUGACGUGCAGUUCCUCCUGCUCGAACAGCUCGACCCUGAAUUUGUGGCUUGGGCUCAGCGUCCUUUCACCGACAACGGCCUCACGGUGAACACAAUGUUCUACAACCCUACCUUCCCUCGCGACGCGCUCGUGCAGAGACAAGUCGCCGAGGGCGUACACGCGAUUGUGGACCUUGACCUGAGAGCACACCGCGCAGGCAAGAUCUCUCUGCGACUCUUCGAUCGCACUUCCGGCGUCAGCGCCCGAUACGAGGACUACCGUGACUUGGACCCCCCAAUGGCGGCAGCGCUCGUCGUCAGAACCAAGUCGAGGGCAAUUGCUCCAUACCAGGGCGCGCCACCUCAAGCAUACCAGGGCUACGCUGGGCAGCCGUACGGCGGCCCUCAGCAGCCUCCUCAAUACCAUGCCCCCUCCUAUCCGGGACAGCACGGCCUACCACCCCCGGCCGCAGCUCCUCAGGCGCCGCCCGCAGCCGCCAACCCGCCCGAUCUCGCUGCCAUUAUGAACGGCAUGGACAAUGACACGCUUCAAAGACUUCUUGCUACUAUCGACCCUCAAAGAGCCGCUGUCGCUGGCAAACCCCCCAACGCUCAGAUUCAAGCUCUACUCGGUGGCCAGCGAGCACCCGCGCCUCCGGCUCAGCCUGCGUCGUACGGCGGUCAGGCUUUCCCGGCUAACGGUGCUCCCAACGGUCACCCGAACGGCCAUCCGAACGGGCACAUUCCUUCCGCCCCGCUGGUGGGAGACCAGGCCACCCAGAACCAGGUUGACAACAUCAUGGCGCAGCUGCAGAGAUACCGACAAUGA